GAGAGUCUACGCCCUGCUCCGCUCCUCAGCACCUCCUCAUCCCUGCAGGAGCAGAGCAGGAUGUCUGAGUGACUGGGAGACUUUUAAACAGACUUGUUAGACUCUUCUGGGCUCAGCUGGACUCUGGGAACUUGUGAGUCCAGUUUUUUCUGGUCUCUCUGCAUGCUGGUGGAGGAGAGGAGGCGCCAUGGGCUGCACCUCCUCCAGCGUGGUGCUCCUGGAGGGGCUGCGCUCCAUCCUGGAGAGGAACUGUGGCUCUGUGAAGGGAACCGUGGAGGAGCUGGGGGCUCUGCAGGACCACCAGGACUCUCUGAGUCUGGGAGGGUCUCAGCUCUGGACCCCCACCACCGCCCUGGUUCGGGUGAAGCUGGUGGAGCCUCUGGACUAUGAGAACGUGGUCCUGCAGAGGAGGACUCAGAUCCUGAGUGACGUCCUCAGAGACAUGCUCACCUUCCCCACAGAAGACUUCCAGAUCUCGUGUCUGCAGCGUCAGGGCCGGACUCUGUUCUCCACCGUUCCAGAGACGGCAGAGAAAGAAGCUCAGUCACUGUUUGUCCAGGAGUGCAUCAAAACUUACAAGUCUGACUGGCACGUGGUCAACUACAAGUACGAGGAAUAUUCUGGAGACUUCCGCCAGCUGCCAAAUAAGGUGCUGCGUCCUGAUAAACUAGCAGCUCAUGUGUUUGAGGUGGAUGAAGACGUGGAGAAAGACGAGGACUCGUCGUCUCUGGGCUCUCAGAAAGGGGGCGUGUCUAAACACGGCUGGCUCUACAAAGGGAACAUGAACAGUGCCAUCAGUGUGACCAUGAGGUCCUUCAAGAGGAGGUACUUCCACCUGGCCCAGCUGGGAGACGGGUCCUACAACCUCAACUUCUACAAGGACGAGAACACGUCCAAGGACCCCAAAGGGACCAUCUUCCUGGACUCCUGCAUGGGGGUCGUCCAGAACAGUAAAGUGCGGCGGUUCGCCUUCGAGCUGAAGAUGCAGGAUAAGAGCACGUUCCUGCUGGCGGCGGACGGCGAGGCGGAGAUGGACGAGUGGAUCGGCACGCUCAACAAGAUCCUGCACAGCAGCUUUGAACAGGCCAUGACGGACAAGAGGAACGGGGACAUGCUGCUGCACGACGCAGACGAGGAUGUGGGGAAAGCAGAGCUCUCCUCCUCCGGAAGUUUCCAGGACAGCUUCCAGACGGCCAGAGAUAUCGAGUCUAAGAUGAGAAGUGAAGCUCGUCUGAAGCUCUUCACUCUGGAUCCAGACACACAGAAACUGGACUUCUCUGGCAUCGAGCCGGACGUCCGACAGUUUGAGGAGAAGUUUGGUAAAAGAGUUCUGGUGAGCUGCAACGAGCUGAGCUUCAACCUGCAGGGCUGCGUGGCCGAGCACGAAGAGGGACCCACAACUAACGUGGAACCGUUCUACGUGGUUCUGUCCCUGUUUGAUGUCCAGAACAGCAGGAAGAUCUCUGCAGACUUCAGAGUGGACCUGAACCACCCUCUGGUCCGCCAGAUGACCUCCGGCAGGCCGGACGCCGUUAGCGCUGGCGGUGGCGGUGGCGGUGGCGGUGGCGGAGGCGUGGGGGUCCCGGAGAACGCCCUGAGGUUCCCCAGACAGGGACUGUUCUCCGUCACAUGUCCUCAUCCUGAUAUCUUCCUGGUGGCUCGCAUAGAAAAGGUUCUCCAGGGAGGAAUCACUCACUGCACAGAACCUUACAUGAAGAGCUCCGACUCCUCCAAGAUGGCUCAGAAGGUUCUGAAGAACGCCAGGACGGCGUGCAGCAGGCUGGGAGGGUUCAGGAUGCCCUUCGCCUGGGCUGCCAGGCCCGUCUUCAAAGACGCGUCAGGAACUCUGGACCGGAGCUCCAGGUUCUCGUCUCUGUUCCGUCAGGACAGCAGCAAGCUGUCAGACGACGACAUGAUCAAGCUGCUGUCAGACUUCAGGAAACCAGAGAAGAUGUCCAAGCUGCCGGUCCUCUUAGGGAACCUGGACGUGACCAUCGACAGCGUGGCUCCAGACCAGAACAACUGUGUGACGUCCUCCUACGUCCCUGUGAGGACCUCGGUCCCCAGUGGGACAGAUGGUGGUGGUGUCCUCCUGGAGGUGGAGGAGUUCGUCCCCUGCAUCGCCAAGUGUUCUCAACCGUUCACCGUCUACAAGAACCACCUGUAUGUUUACCCCAAACACCUGAAAUAUGACGGGCAGAAGUCCUUCACUAAGGCCAGAAAUAUCGCCGUCUGCAUUGAAUUCAAGGACUCUGAUGAAGACGAAGCUCAGCCGCUGAAGUGUAUCUACGGCCCCCCCGGUGGUCCUCUGUUCACCAGACAGGCCCACGCUGCUGUUCUCCACCACCAGCAGAACCCAGAGUUCUACGACGAGAUAAAGAUGGAGCUGCCCACUCAGCUGCAUGAGAAGCACCACCUCCUCUUCUCCUUCUACCACGUCAGCUGUGACAGCAACAGCAAGAAGAAGGAGCAGGUGGAGACUCCAGUGGGUUCCUCGUGGCUUCCUCUGCUGAAGGACGGGAGGAUCAUCAUGAAUGAUCAGCUGCUGCCGGUGGCCUCCAACCUGCCCAGCAGAUACCUGAGCAGCCACGACAACACCACCAAGCAUUCAGGCUCAGAGGUUAAAUGGGUGGACGGAGGAAAAGCUCUGUUCAAAGUCUCCACCCACCUCGUCUCCACUGUUUACACUCAGGAUCAGCACCUGCACAACUUCUUCCAGCACUGUGAGGAGAUGAUGGAGCUGACGGAGCAGAACGCUGCAGACGGAGAGCUGGUCAAAUACCUCAAGAGUCUCCACGCCAUGGAGGGACAUGUGAUGGUGAACUUCCUGCCGACCGUCCUGAACCAGCUGUUCUCUGUUCUCACCAGAGCUGCAGAACACGAGGACGUAGCUGUUAACGUCACCAGAGUGAUGGUUCAUGUGGUGGCUCAGUGUCAUGAAGAAGGUCUGGAGCAUUACCUCAGGUCCUACACCAAGUUUGUGUUCAGGCCGGAGCCGUUCUCCUCCUCCAGCAGUCUGAAGACGGUCCAUGAGGAGCUGGCUAAAGCCAUGACGGCCAUCCUGAAGCCUUCUACUGACUUCCUGACCAGCAACAAGCUGCUCAAGUACUCGUGGUAUUUCUUCGAGGCUCUGGUGAAGUCCAUGGCUCAUUAUCUCAUCGAGAGUUCAAAGGUCAAGCUGUCCAGGAACCAGCGUUUCUCAGCGUCCUUCUACCACGCCGUGGAGACGCUGGUCAACAUGUUGAUGCCUCACAUCACCCAGAAGUACAAAGACAACCUGGACGCUGCUCGCAACGCCAACCACAGCCUGGCCCUCUUCAUCAAGCGCUGCUUCACCUUCAUGGACCGAGGAUUCACCUUCAAGCAGAUCAACAACUACAUGAACUGCUUCAUGCCAGGAGACCCCAAGACUCUGUAUGAGUUCAAGUUUGAGUUCCUGCGAGUCGUCUGCAGCCACGAACACUUCGUCCCUCUGAACCUGCCGAUGCCCUUUGGGAAGGGACGCAUCCAGAGGUUCCAGGACCUCCAGCUGGACUACUCUCUGACGGACGACUUCUGCAGGAACCACUUCCUGGUGGGCCUCCUGCUGAGGGAGGUGGGAGGAGCUCUGCAGGAGGUCAGGGAGGUCCGACAGAUCGCCAUCCAGGUCCUGAAGGGUCUGAUGAUCAAACACACCUUCGACGAUCGAUACGCCGCCAAGAGCCAGCAGGCCCGUCUGGCCACCCUCUACCUCCCUCUGCUGGGCCUCCUGCAGGAGAACGUCCACCGGCUGGACACCAAGGAGACGCCUGGCCUCAGCAGCCACACUAACCCCCGGGAGGACUCUCUGCUGCCCCCCUGCAGCGUGACGCCUCAGAAACCAGGCGGCUGCAUGGAGAACGCUCUGCACAAAGACGUGUUCGGGGUCAUCUCUGGGACAGCGUCUCCUCACAGCUCCACUCCCAACGUGAGCUCGGUCCACCACGCCGACUCCAGAGGUUCUCUGGUGUCCACCGACUCUGGAAACAGUCUCCUGGAGAAGAGCAGCGACAGGACCAACUCCCUGGAGAAGAACCAGUCGGCGCUGGGCAGCAGCAGCGUGCUGCGCUGCGACAAACUGGACCGAGACGAGAUCAAAAACCUGCUCAUGUGUUUCCUCCACAUCCUGAAGAGCAUGUCAGAGGAGGCUCUGUUCGCUUACUGGAACAAAGCUGCUCCCUCUGAACUCAUGGACUUCUUCUCUCUCAUAGAAGUGUGCCUGCACCAGUUCAGAUACAUGGGGAAGAGAUUCAUCGUCAGGAGCCAGGAGGGGGCGGGGCCUGUGGCUGCAGACAGGAAGUCUCUGACUCUGCCCGUGUCUCGUAACAGGGCGGGGAUCCUUCACGCACGCCUGCAGCAGCUGGGAACGCUGGAGAACGCCCACACCUUCAACAACAUGUUCUGUCACACGGAGGCUGACGUCAGCAGCCAGUGUCUCCUGGAGGCCAACGUGUCCACCGAGGUCUGUCUCACCGUGCUGGACACGCUCAGCAUCUUCAUCAUGGGGUUCAAGACUCAGCUGAACUCAGAUCUGGGUCACAACCCCCUGAUGAAGAAGGUGUUCCAGGUCCACCUGUGUUUCCUUCAGAUUCCUCAGUCUGAGACGUCCCUGAAGCAGGUCUUCACCUCCCUCAGGACCUUCAUCUACAAGUUCCCGUGCAGCUUCUUCGACGGCCGGGCCGACAUGUGUGCGUCUCUGUGCUACGAGAUCUUGAAGUGUUGCAACUGGAAGCUGAGUUCGAUCCGCAGCGACGCCGCUCACCUGCUCUACUUCCUCAUGAAGAGCAACUACGACUACACGGGACGCAAGUCCUUCGUCAGGACGCACCUGCAGGUGGUGAUCGCCGUCAGUCAGCUGAUCGCUGAUGUCAUCGGGAUCGGGGGGACGAGGUUCCAACAGUCUCUGUCCAUCAUCAACAACUGUGCUAACAGCGACAAGAGCAUCAAGCACACGGCGUUCCCGUCGGAGGUGAAGGACCUGACGAAGCGGAUCCGGACGGUCCUGAUGGCGACGGAGCAGAUGAAGGAGCACGAGAACGACCCGGAGAUGCUGGUGGACCUGCAGUACAGCCUGGCCAAGUCCUACACCAGCACCCCCGAGCUCAGGAAGACCUGGCUGGACAGCAUGGCCCGCAUCCACAGCAAGAACUCGGACCUGUCGGAGGCCGCCAUGUGCUACGUCCACGUAGCAGCGCUGGUAGCAGAGUACCUGUGGAGGAAAGGAAUGUUCCGUCAGGGCUGCUCGGCGUUCCGCGUCAUCACUCCCAACAUCGACGAGGAGGCGGCCAUGAUGGAGGACGUCGGGAUGCAGGACGUCCACUUUAACGAGGAGGUGCUGAUGGAGCUCCUGGAGGAGUGUGCGGAGCGUCUGUGGAAGGCGGAGCGCUACGAGCUGAUCGCUGACGUCUACCGGCUCAUCAUCCCCGUCUACGAGCAGAGACGAGACUUUGAGAAACUGACUCACCUGUACGACACGCUGCACCGCGCCUACACCAAGGUGAUUGAAGUGAUGCAUUCUGGGAAAAGACUGCUGGGGACCUUCUUCAGAGUCGCCUUCUUCGGACAGGGUUUCUUUGAGGAUGAAGAUGGGAAGGAGUACAUCUACAAGGAGCCCAAGUUUACUCCUCUGUCUGAGAUCUCCCAGCGCCUCCUGAAGCUUUACUCCGAUAAGUUUGGACCGGAGAACGUCAGGAUCAUCCAGGACUCUGGGAAGGUGAACCCCCGGGACCUGGACUCUAAGCUGGCCUACAUCCAGGUGACCCAUGUGACUCCUCACCUGGACGAGAAGGAGCAGGAGGAGCGCCGCACCGACUUCGAGAAGAGCCACAACAUCCGCCGCUUCGUCUUCGAGACGCCGUUCACCACCUCGUCCUCCGGCAGGAAGCAGGGCGGCGUGGACGAGCAGUGCAAGAGACGCACCGUUCUCACUACGACCCACUGCUUCCCGUACGUGAAGAAGCGCGUGGCGGUGAUGUACCAGCACCAGACGGAGCUGAGCCCCAUCGAGGUGGCGGUGGAUGAGAUGAGCUGUAAGGUGGCGGAGCUCCGUCAGCUCUGCUCCGCCUCCGACGUAGACAUGAUCAAGCUGCAGCUCAAGCUGCAGGGCAGCAUCAGCGUCCAGGUGAACGCCGGGCCCCUGGCCUACGCCAGAGCCUUCCUGGACCAGUCCAGUGCCAAGAAAUACCCCGACAACAAGGUCAAGCAGCUCAAAGAGGUCUUCAGGCAGUUUGUGGAGGCGUGUGGUCAGGCUCUGGGGGUGAACGAGCGUCUGAUUAAAGAGGACCAGCAGGAAUAUCAUGAUGAGAUGAAGGCCAACUACAGGGACCUGACCAGGGAGCUGUCCUCCAUCAUGCACGAACAGAUCGUCCCGGUGGAGGACGGUUCUCGCAGCGCUCUGUCUCAUUCUCUGGGCAUCUUCAACGCCAUCAGCAACACCAACACCACCACCACCACAGGCUCCUCCACCACACUCUGAUCCUCCACAGAGAUCUGAUCCA